AGGAACCCGGCUGGGCGCCACACGAGAUCCCUGCUUCUUUGCUUUGAGGCCUUAAAGACCACGCACAAAUCCGGUUUUUGUAACGAGGGUUUCAGCCUCCUGUAAGGAAGAGAGGCGGAUUGUGCGGGAGAGAGUCCGAUUCUGACCUCUCUACCGACGUGGAGCGGCUCCUGGUUCACACCACGGUCUGAUCAGCAUCGAUCUACUCCUUGGCAAACUAAACUGAGGCUAAAGGCUCCCUUGUAGUCACGCCAUUCCGGGGGAACCUUCCAGGAAUCCUACAACGGCCAGAUCCCAUUUUUUAAUCGUCUCUCAGGGCUUCCCCCCCACCCUUCCCUUGAAAAAGUUUCUUUCUGACUUCAAUGAAACUCGAGGCAGCCUGAGUCGAUUGGAGUUAGUUUUCAUUGGCAGUUCUGCUUUAACCGAAUAAGGCGUAUGUCCUUGGGAGACUUGGCAGGAUUGGGGUGGUUGGGUUGGUUUUUUUUUUUUAACUUUCCUGACAAAGACCCGAGAAAGUUUGAAACUGCAGAUUAAAAUCACCUACAAAUCUAAUGCCUGGGGGAGAAUGGGAGACACCCAGGCACAGCUGGAUGGAAGAAGGAGAUCAGAGACUCGUCACGUUUGUGUUUUUAACAGAAAUCAAUCCUGUCCCCUUCCCAGGCUAGGGCAGGAGUUAAGGCUCCUUCUUUCAGGCCGGAUGUUUCCAGCGCUCAGCACCCACCCGGGGGAGGGAGGGAGGCAGGUUUCCAAGCAGUUCAACUCCCUUGUGUGUGAUCCUUUAUGACCGCAUUGUUCAGAAGAACCCAGCCUGCUGCCCUCAGGUGCCAGAAAGGGCCGAGCCCUCGCCUACGCCUGGAUGUGCUCCUCGGCCCUGCACCCAGAUCUGGUCACCGAAUGGACCAGCAGCCCAGCGCCAGGAGCUGCAGCCGGGGUGCCCCAGCCUGCGAGGCCGUCCCGAACGAGCCCUCCAUGAAUCUGUACAUCAACACCACCACCGGGACCCGUUAUGAGCUCUCCGUCCCCGUGGAAGAGACGGUGGAAGGACUGAAGCGGAGACUGUCACAGAGGCUCAAAGUGCCUAAGGAGAGGCUGGCUCUCUUACAUAAAGAAAGUCGGCUCAGUUCGGGAAAGCUGCAGGAUCUGGGGGUCGUGGAAGGAAGCAAACUGACGCUUGUCCCCACAGUGGAAGCUGGCUUGAUGUCUCAGGCAUCCAGACCAGAACAGUCAGUGAUGCAGGCUCUGGAAAGCUUAACUGAAACUCAGGUCAAUGACUUCCUGUCAGGAAGGUCCCCCCUGACGCUGGCCCUGCGGGUCGGCGACCACAUGAUGUUCGUGCAGCUCCAGCUGGCAGCUCAGCAGAGUGGGGGGCAGCUCCAGCAUCGGCAUGUCAUCGCCAGCCGGGGGGAGCCCGGGGCAGCAGCCGGCCCCACCCCCCAGUGCCGGACGCUGCACGGAGGGACCAGCUCCAACUACGCCCGCAUCCCCGUGGUGCCCACCUGCCAGCAGAGCCCUGCCCCCAGCCCCGCCCCCUCGGCCCAGGCCACACCCAUGUACUGUAACGCCGCCCACCCCGCCCCCGUCACAGCCGGGAUGUUCCGGUCGCAUGGGGCCAGCACGCAAACGGUUAACAGCAGCGUCGUCUCCUCCUGCUCAGAGGUGGACUGUAGCUCCCGGAGUAACAAUUCUGCCGGCAGCAACCCAGCCUCAACAAGCCGAUCGCGCAAACCUGGCGCGGUCAUAGAGAGCUUCGUUAACCACGCUCCUGGGGUCUUCUCAGGGACCUUCUCCGGCACUUUGCACCCCAACUGCCAGGACAGCAGCGGGCGGCCCCGGCGUGACAUCGGCACCAUCCUUCAGAUCCUCAAUGACCUCCUGAGCGCCACGCGGCACUACCAGGGCAUGCCUCAGUCCCUGACGCAGCUGCGGUGUCAGACGCAGUGCGCCCCCUCCUCGCCCCCGCCCUCUCCGGACCCCGCCAGCAAAACUACCUCAGAGAAGCUGACGUCCGCGUCCGCCGUGGCCUCGCAGCCCCUGCACUCCGUGGUCCAGUGCCAGAGCCAAAUCAGGAUGUGCAAGCCCAGUGGUGACCGUCUGCGGCAGACCGAGAACCGCGCCACCCGCUGCAAGGUGGAGCGCCUGCAGCUGCUGAUGCAGCAGAAGAGGCUGCGUCGGAAGGCACGGCGGGACGCCCGGGCCCCAUACCACUGGCUGCCAAAUCGCAAGUCCAGCCGGACCAACAGCAACAGCAGCGUGUCUAGCGAAGGCAGCCUGGACCUAGACUUUGAGGAUUCCGUGUGGAAGCCUGAAGUCAAGGCGGACCUGAAAUCAGAAUUUGUCGUAGCAUAGACCCCCCCCAGGCUGAUGUGAACGAACAGGGCCUGUGGUGGGACGGACGCGGCCGGGGAGAACCAGGACUCUCAUCUCUUCAGUCCCAUCGCUCGGAUCUCCUCUGUAUUCGCUGGAUCCUGGGCGACGUCUGUCGGAAAAGCGUGGAAGAGUUGCCCCACUUUUUUUUUAGUUUUGUUCCUGGUUUAUUUUUCAGAGGGGAAGGGAUGGGAUGGGGGUGGGGAAGGGAGCUCUCCAGGACAUGUGAUGCGGGGAGACGAAGAGCUGGAGUUUCAAGCUGGCGAACUGGAUUUUGUUUUGUUCCCGUUUGAAUAAGUGGACUCUAACAUGCCUGCCUUACACCGCCGCCGAACCAAUAAAGCCAACGCACGAGAAACUGAAUGGAGCCCGUCUGGCGAGUGGGACAGGCUCCGGACUUCCUACUUUUUUUUGCAGAGCGGAGCUCGCUCGUCGGAGGGAGAGGGGAACUGUGGUUUAUCAAAGCUGCUCAUUUUGCUGUGAAAGACCCAAGCAUGCACAGUACGGGCAGGCGCUCCCUGGAGGCUCGGAGCCUGGCGCUCGCUAUAUAUAUAUUUUUUUGGGGUGGGGAGGGCUGCUGUGCAUGCUUGGGCCACGUGGGAUCCCAGAAAUUUGGGGGCUGUUUAUUUUUCCUUCCCUCUUUAUAUGUAGCAUUGCUCAGCUGAUUUUAAUUUUAUUUUUUUAAACAAAUCCAACCCCGUCCCAUCUCCACACAGUUAGGUUGCAGAAGAACCCACAUGCACUUUACAGGUCUCAGUUGUGAAGUAGUGCCAGGGGCAGCCCCCACACACACACCCCCACACACCCCAGUAACAGCUUUGUGCUGGCUUUUGGAGAUCUGUUACGGACCCUCAGAGGAGAUGCUAUGGGCAUCCUCACGGAGUGUUUAUUCCUCCCCCCCCCCCUCGCUUUGCAUUGUAAAUUACAAUGCAAUGGGUCUAUAAUAUUUUUAUUUUGGUUGUGUGUUUGUUUUUUUUGCGUGUGUGUGUGUAUGUGUGUGGGUGUACUUAAUUCUGACUCCUUGCGGCAGCAAAGGUGGCUUGCUUUAUUUUCUAUGGAAGAGGGAGGGAAAAUAAAUAGAUUUCCCCUCUGCUGUAGAGACCAACUUUUUACGUUCAGAAGUUUUUUUUCCCACCCAGCUGUUGGUUGUGUUUUUUAACUUAAAAAAGGAAAAUUUAAGAAAAAAAAAUAAAAUAAAUCCAGUACUUGGUAAUGGCUGUUUGCAGGCCUUGGGGCUAAUAUUUAUAGACAUUAAUAACUUGACUGAGCCAGUACUGACCUAGUGUUGCCUAGACCGUAGAAAUCCUUUUUCCUGUCCUGUUUUUUCUUUUUUCUUCACUCUCCUUCCCCCAUCAGGAGAUCUGUGCAAAUAGAAAAACCCCACGUGAUGUGUUUUUUGUCUGUAAAAGUCUUUUUUGUGUGUUUUGGGGGAGGGGUGGGAAAGGAGGGGGUGGGGGAGGGGGGGUUGGGGGAAGAUCAAAGUUUUCCAUCUUUACUUUUUUUUUUUUUAAUUUGGGCGGUAUGGAUGCAAAUAAACUUUAAAAUAACGUGAACAAUUGGGGGGGGAGGGGGAAUCAGGAAAGAAAGUAGCAGCCCCUGUGCAUUUUUCUGGGUUUUUCCCUUUUUUGGUAGCAUUAACUCAAACUUGGGGAGAGACAGGAGCCCUUGAACCAUGGUUAGCUGAAGAGAGCGGGGGGAGGAGAGGAUGGGGUGGGAUUUUGUCCCCCUCUCCAAGGGGACUCGAAUUGGAAUGUUGUCCGUAGAACAAAGGGCGCUGCUGGUGAAUGGGUUAAUUCAGGCCAGAGCGGGGCUGAAUGGAGUUGGUGCUUUUUAUUUCCCUCUCCGAGUCGAAAGGCAGCAGGGAGGGGUUCCCCACUUGCCUUCGGUCUUGCUCUGGGCCCGAGCCUGCAUUUGGGGUUAGAAAUCCCUAGGGCCGAGGCAUCUGGGUUUCUACUGCUGUAUUUCCCCCAGCACCCUCCCCGCUGCAGCCGCCUGUCCCAUGAAAGGAAAAACUUGAAGCAACUUUGCCACUAGUGUAUCCUGUUAGCUGGGUAUCACUCAAGGCCCUCUUAGCUGGGGUGGGUGAGGGGAGUGGGCUGUGCUCAUGCCCACGUGGGUGCCGCUGGGGGGUGUCUUGGAGUUGCAUGUCCAUUUGAGGGAGACGGGGACUGUGGUAUCACUACCCUGGAGCGACAGUGCCCCGGAAAUCCAGGCAGGAGCACAGCUGGGGCAGGAUUCUGGGUCCUUUUGGUUUUUAAACUCACUUGUGGGUUUGGGGUUUUUUUUAAUGAAUUCUCCCCAAAUGUAUUGAUACUGCUGUGCCCCCCUGAAACCCCCCCCACCAGCCUCCCCUUUUCUUUAUCCCCCACAAUUGUAGCAAGAACCUCACCUGUGAGCUGUUGUCAGUCUUUCUAUUGUGUAUUAACCAAGUCCCCAGUAACGUCCAUUCCUUCAGCAUCACGGGACCAUAACUAGCGCCUCGGUGCUAGCUGAUUGGCUUGGCCACUUUCCGAGUCGUGAUGGGUACCCCGCCUCCUCUGGUCACGUGACACCAUUACACGUCCUGUUUUCCCCAGCUGUGAACUUCCUUUGUAUGUAUUGCUGUAGUUUUUAAUUUUAUUAUAUUUUCAAACAAACUUUUUUUUUAAAUUUUGAAUUCAAUAUUUAAAUGUACUAUUUUGUACGGUGUGGGCGUGUGUGCACUCCUGCCAUCAUCCCCUUCUUGUCCUAGUUUUUUUUUUUUUUAAAUCUAUAUAUAACGUUUAAAAAAAAAAAUGAUGGGGUGGGGGGGAAAAAGCAUUAACCUUCUCCAGUGUGUGCGUGUGUGCGCGGUUGUGUGCGCGGCUGUGUGUGUGGGGAGGGUAUUCAUGUUAUAUCACCUCAUUUAAGUUACCUGUAUUAAAUAAAA